AAAAACAAAUGCAAAGUGCUUAAUUGUGUUAAAUGAGUUAAAUUUUUACUGCAAUCUCAAAAAAAAGUAAAUGCGCAAAAUAUUCACUUUCAGUAAGUUUUUUUUUGUUCCCCUAAUGGUAUUGGAACCAUGACAAAAGACUACGAUUAUCUACUGAAAGUUCUCCUUGUUGGCGAUAGCGAUGUGGGCAAACAUGAGAUACUUUCGAAUUUGGAGGAUCCAACCACAGAAAGUCCAUUUUGCAGUAAUAAUGAUUGCCACUCAUCCUCUCACAUCCUUCAAACGGUAGCAUAUAAAACCACAACCAUAUUGCUUGAGGGCAAACGGGUUAAAUUACAACUCUGGGAUACAUCCGGCCAAGGACGUUUUUGUACCAUAAUACGUUCAUAUUCACGUGGUGCUCAAGGUAUUAUUUUAGUCUAUGAUAUAACCAAUAAAUGGAGCUUCGAUGGCAUCGAUCGUUGGCUCAAAGAAGUCGAGGAGCAUGCUCCUGGUAUACCCAAGGUCCUGGUAGGCAACCGUCUACAUUUGGCCUUCAAACGUCAGGUGGCUGCCAAGCAAGCCGAGUCCUAUGCCUCCCGUAACAAUAUGUCCUGCUUUGAGAUAUCGCCACUAUGCGAUUUCAAUAUACGCGAAUCGUUCUGUGAGCUGGCACGCAUGGCCCUUCAUCGCAAUGGCAUGGAGCACAUUUGGCGCAGUAAUAAGGUACUAUCCCUGCAGGAGCUCUGCUGUCGCACCAUUGUGCGUAGGACCAGUGUCUAUGCCAUCGAUUCGUUACCCCUGCCGACGUCUGUGAAAUCAACACUCAAGUCAUAUGCCUUGACCACAUCGCAGUGUUUCAAUUCGUUGACACAGAACUCAAAGAGUCGAAAUCGUUGCAAGACACCGACGAGCAGUAGUCGAAAUAGUUGUACAAUCGCGUGAUUGCUGGGGCCUGUAGGUAAUGGUUAUGUCCUUUGCAUACAAGGAAUCAUCAUUUGCCUACGCAACAGCCUGAAUCUAAUGAUAAUGAUAACAAUAAUGAUAAUGAUAUAUAAUGAUAACGAUAACAAUGAUUAACUGACAUGAUGAGAUGAGAAUGAAAGAUAUACUUUACUACUCUUAGGCUAACACACACCCACACACACAUACACAAGACACUUUUCAUUCGCCCUCUUACUCUAACGCAUUCUUUCUCACUCUCUCUCAUGCAUUGCUUAGUAUUUUGUCUCUAUAGUUUUAUUUUUAUUUCUCUU